UUAAAAGUCGCACACAAAUUGAGAAAGAUGGCGAAAUUGAAAGCGGAACAUGUGGUUGUUGAUGCCGUGGCUUUUUUCAAGAAUGUGCAGUUGCAAGAUGUAGCUGAAAAUGUGCAUACUUUACAGGCUGUGGUGAAUGAGAUUCGAGAUAAGGCAACAAGACAGAGGUUGACUGUACUUCCCUAUGAUAUCAAGUUCAGGGAACCCUCAUCAGAAUGCAUACAGAUAGUGUCAGACUUUGCAAGAAAAACAGGAGAUUACCAGAGUCUGUCAGCAGUAGAUAUCCGAGUGAUUGCAUUGGCUUAUCAACUGACCAAGGAAAUCAUUGGAAUUGAUGGUCUUAAGAAACAACCUGAAACAAAGAUAACAUAUUCAGCAAGCAAAAAACCUAUUCAGAAUGCAAAGGAUAUUGCAGGCUUCUAUUACCCAACCAGUAAGAAUGGACCCAAAGAUUCCAACCUCCAAGAAAAUGAUGACCAGACCCCUGGAAGUCCAGAGGACAACUCGACGGCGGGAGACGUCAAGCUCGAGCUCAGCGAUAUCAUUGGCAAAGAUGAGGAGGGUGAGGAUAAGAUGGAAGAAGGGGAGGGAAAGGAAGAUGAGAGGACUUGUGAUGAAGUGAUGGAGGGGAUAGGGAAGCAGAAAGACUUUGAUAAUGAAGGCGGAAGAAGGGAAGGUGAGGAUAACCAAGAAGAAGAAAAUAAAAUGGAGAACAUGAUGGAUAUAAGAACAGAUCAAUACAAGGAUGAGGAUAUCACAGAACCAAGUUUAGACCAGAAAACCUCAGUAGACGAUGCAAGAGAUGCUAACAUUGGUGAUGUGAACAUUGAUGAGGACGAUGGGGAGGUCAUCGAAGAGGACGACGUCGAAGAGGAGGAUGAGGACAAUGAUGAAAUGGGAUGGAUUACACCUCAGAAUAUCUCUCAGGUCAGAGAGCAGAUGGGAGGGAGUGGAGAGACAAGCUUGGAAGGCAUCAGAGUUGGCUGUAUGACCACUGACUUUGCUAUGCAGAAUGUUCUUAUUCAGAUUGGUAUUCCCGUCAUAUCAGUCAAUGGCAUGUUCAUCAAACAUGCCAAGAGCUUUGUUCUACGAUGUCACGACUGCUUCAAAGUGACCCAUGACAUGGGGAAGGUCUUCUGUCCAAAGUGCGGUAAUAAGAGUCUGGAUAAGGUUACCAUGACGAUAGAUGAGGAUGGCACUCGGCGGUAUCACAUGUCACGAAGGAGACCGGUCAACACCAGAGGCCUGAGGUAUGCCCUCCCUAAACCUCAAGGCGGCAAGCAUGCAUCCAACCCAGUUCUGUACCCAGACCAGAGAAUACCUCAGAACAGAGACUCAAGGAGGGGCCAGAAGAAGACCAACGUCUUUGAUCCGGACUACGACGCCAUGAGCUCCCCGUUUGCGACGCACGACGUGACCAGCCGGUCGGCUCAGGUCGGGGUACGGCAGAUCAGAGGUCAAGGGUCCGGGGGUCGGAGGAACCCCAAUGAGAACAGACGACAGAGCAAGAAGGGAAAGAGAAGAUGAAGUGAUGUUUUGGAAUGAUCAGGGCCAUGUAACACAAAGCUGAGCAAUGUCAAACGAUCGAUUUUAUAGUUAACUAUAUUGAUCAAUAAGAACUAUCAAUUGUAUUUGGUCGUUGCGAGAUGUUUGCAAAUAAUUGGAAGUCAAUUUCAGGUCCCUAAAUCAUGCAUAUGUCUUGCAAGUAAUUACAGCUUUGCGAUUGAUUGCCAAUCUGCUUUUUAAAACAAGGAGUGUAAUCUGAUUUGCUACAAUGUGCAAUUGAUGACAAAUAUUUUCCCAUGAGACAUGAUUAAGCGGGUCUUGCAAGAAAAUAUCUGCAAUCAAUUGAAAAUUUCUGAUGCAAAUUUGCAAUUGAUAUAUCAAUAUUAAUUAGAGCAAAUUGAUCUUUACUGCUUAGAAGCAGACCAACAACAAAGUACAAAUUUACCAUUAGUUGACAGACCUUAAUUGAUUUUUGACCCCAUGUUUGGACUUGCAAUAGAUUACAAGUAUCAUGCAACACCCCAUUAGCUCUUUAUCACAGGUCUGGUAUUUAAAGAUUAUGUUGUUCAUUAUUAGCAACCAAUGAUGUCAAAAAGCCUAGAAAUUUAUCAUAGGAUUGAUUUUAUGGUUGAUUGCAUUUAUGCGAUUCGUAAAGUCCACCACAAUACAAAACUUAGUGAUAACAGGACCAACUUUUAAAGACCAUUAUGUGCCAUUUAUCAUCCAUGUCAGUUGAAUGAUCAUUGACUUGGCUCUGUGUUAUAGGGCUCGGAUGCCAUCAUGAUAUACAUAUAUCAACAGAUGUAGUUAUCAACAGAGAUAUAUGGAGUAAAAUGUAUUUAAACACCUUAACUUUAUCAGGGCUGGCACAAGACUCGCCUUUGGAUACCAUCUAAGUUUUCAGCUGAAGUAAGAUUUUAAAUGAUCGGAAGUGUUGGGUACUAGACAUGAAUGCGUUAGUAUACAAGUUAUGUACACUUACGUAUUUACAACAUUUGCCGAGCACACUAUUGUGAAUACCAAGAUGCCUGUAUUGUCAUAAA